ACAGCGCGUCGUCGGGCGACCGACCGACCUUCCGCAUGCCAUGGGCGCUGUGUCUGUACAUUGUUGUUAUUGCCGGAGUCGGACUGCCCGUGUGGUGGCGAACGACAACCAUCUACCGAGCGAGCUUGCCGUGCGAACUGCUCGUCGCGCCAACGGGCAGCGAGUCCGACCAACUCCCUCUCGCAAUCCAAGUCGUCCUCGAUCCCGCUUUGCUGCUCGAUGCACAGAAGCGGCCGUCAGCCGAGUUCAGCGUCUCAGACCUGGAACGUGCGCUCCAUUCUCAGGCACACGAGCACGCGCGCACGUUGUCGUCCAAGGUUGCAUUUCGACCGGUUGUUUCAGUCAUCACAACUCAGACAAACGAGCGGAUUGCGCACACCAUUGAGGAAAUGGCUCGAGCAUUGAAUGCCAACAGCAAUGCCGGCGAUGGCCAUUUGAGCACGCAAAAGAUUGCAGAGCAAAUCGAUCCGCCGUACUUUUUUGCAGCAAACAUGACACCAGGGUCGGGUACGGUGUUUGUGGUGGCAGACGCAAGAUUGCCUCGGAUUGUUGUUGGCAGCUCUCGGCUGUUGAUUGCAAAUCUGUUUCCAAGCGCUGCUGCCACUGAACCAAUCGAAACUAUUGUGGCGCGUGUACUCUUUGAGCAAAUGGCUGAUGUUGGCGCAACCUCCUUGUCCUAUGACCAACCGGACGAUACUCUUGCGAAGCAGGCCGAGCAGAACUCGGGAGAUGCCUUGCGAGCAAGACGAACCUUUUCCACAGCUUCAUCGUUUGAAGUGUUGUUUACCCUUGCCCUCGGCGCGGGAUCGUCCAGCUCUGCAAGUUCAUCUUAUUGGGACCCUCGUGCCAUCUAUGCAGCACUUCGACCAUUCCUAGCUGCAGUUUCCGUUGACGACGCGCCGACCGUCUCGUCUCAGAUCAUUUACGAAGCUCAGCCUCUCGUCACGCCUACAUUUGACAAGAAACUGAAUGCGUUUGUACUGCGACCCGAUCAACUUCAGCAUUUUGUCAAUUCGCAAGACUGGGGCUUGGGGUUUUCGACUCACAACAAUCCAGUCGUUAACCUGCUCGUGUUUGAGCCCCCGCCAGAACUGCGACCCUUGCUUCUGUUGGAUGCGACUGGACAUCCGGCCGCACAAAACGGAUUUCUAAUCCCGCGAUGGGGAGGGGUUCUUGUGGUCAAUCCGACCGCAGACCAAGCAGUGGAAUUGUCCGAAAUUUGCUCUGUAUUACUGGCACAGCUGCGCCUGCUCAUGGGACUUCGGACACAGCGAAGCCGAAUGACUGAGCUGGACACAGUCCACGUCUUGUUGCCUCGGCAGCUGGCGGGACUGACGGACUUUGAGCACGAUUCGCUACUUCGCAGUCGGUGGCUCGAGCACUUGGCGUCCGCCCGCCAUUCGCUUAAGUCCUUCUGUCAGUUGCUGGACACAAUUCCCAACAUGGUUGUUAGUGACGAGCUGCAACGCAAAGUCGACGUCGCACGGGCUGCGAUGGGACAGGCAAACUCUGCCAUGCAACGUAACGCGCUGCACGAGGCAUACAGUCUCUCGAAGCGCACAGCGCACAUUGCAGAGGCUGUCUUCUUUGACAGCAACGCGUUGUCGCUGCUGUAUUUCCCCGAGGACAACAAGUAUGCCAUUUACGUGCCUCUUUUCGCCCCAGCGGGACUGCCAAUCCUAGUUGCCGUUGUCAAAGCACUUCGUCAAUGGCGUGCCGCUGCAGCUGCACCAUCAGCAUGAUUGGAUUUCGGACGGAAGUCUUUGUCAAAUGCAGUUAGUUUGUUGUGA